GUUCAGCAGCAGCAAGGUUCUGCUAUGGAUACACUCUCUGUUUUUCUCCCUGAUCUCUUGCAUCUUCAUCAUCCAGCCAACUGUGAUAUUUACAGUGGCAGUGACUGUCUCCUUUUGCUUCAGGAAAAGAGCAGAUUUUUAUAGUUUCUCCAGUAUAAAAGAGUCUGAGGUAGAGACUUCAAAACUGUGCAGCCACAAUAGAGUUAAUCAACUGGCAGAGCGGUUCGGAACAUCUGCCUUUCCUCAGGAAAGAUGCUCGUACCUUGAAAAGGUGCUUAGAGCUCGUCAGCGAGCUCGGUACCUCCGCCUUGUGCGCCCACCGACCCCGGCUGAGCUGAGGAAAACUCGAGGGACGAAAAGAAGAGAGGCUGUUAUCCACAAGAUUCUCAGGGAUUUGUCUAUCUGUGGCUCCAUGCUCUUCCUCAUGCUGUGUAUAAAUUAUGGCAGCUCAUUUGCUGACCAUUACCACCUUAAUAAAGCUGUCAGAAAAGAGUUCAUAAGCAGAGGCCAUGAUAAUGCAUUUCUGUCCAUACAAAAGCAUGAGGACUGGUGGAAGUGGGCACAGACGAGUCUUCUUCAUUCACUGUACAACAAUACAACAGCUGCAAAUAAGUCCCACAUCUUGAUUGGAGAGCCAGUCCUGUGGAAGACAGAGUUGUCAAGCUCAUUUCAGGGCGAGCUCUCCAGUGUGACCCUUGUACCAGACUGCCUUCGGUUAUUCUUGUCUGGGACCAAAACAUCCACUCACCCACACUUAAGUGUCUCAGUUCCUAUGGCAACAGCGCCAAGGACAUGUGGUCUCCUUGGCUGCUACCUGGGACCGAGUGCUACAGUUGUCUUAGGACACACAAGGUCUGACGCUACGUCCAGACUGAAGCUCCUGCAUUCAGGUGGCUGGCUGGACAGACAGACGGUGGCCCUGAAGGUUCACUUUACAUUGUUCAGCCCUGCACCCAACUUAUUCACCAGUGUGACCAUGCUCACUGAGCAGAGCCCCACUGGUGUCCUGCUGACCUCUGCUAAAGUCCAGUCUGUUAGAGUUUAUCACACUCCUGCUGUGUGGGACUAUGUUGUCAUGGUGUGCCAG